UCAGCUUGUUUAUGCAUCAAGUAUGUGGAAGUCAUGAAAGUAAACUGAGUGGUGUUCGAGGUUCAGAGCUGCUAAACACUGUUCGCUAUUAACAUUCAGAUAAUCAAUAUACAGUAUUUACUCUCAUGUCAUCAGCUUGCACUGGUGAGGGUCUGUUAAUGAUUAGAAUUUAUUCGGACUGUGGAUGAAAAAUAAAUAGGGUAGAGGCUUUUGGCUAUACAAGCAAGCCGCUAGACGAGUUUGGGGAAGAUCGCUAUAUUUGGAACAAGUGCCAUGGCUCGAAGUGUCCUGUGUUUGUGGUGUUGUUUUUCCUUGGUGUUCAUGUACACCAGUGUACACGGAAGUCCAGAACAACAUUCCGACUCUGAUGACCAUGAAAACCGCGUGAAAGCACUGAGCGACGUGAACAACGAUUUUGCUUUCCGCCUGUACAAAAGCAUUGUGUCUGGUGCUCAGUCCCAGAACGUGUUCUUCUCUCCACUGAGUGUGUCCACGGCACUGGCUGCACUGUCUUUAGGAGCAGGUGGAGAGACUCAUGAACAGCUUCUCAGUGGCCUCGGAUUCAACAAUUCUAUCUUCACCAACGAGGAGAUUCACCAAGCCUUCCUCGAUCUCCUCGAAAACCUCGAUCACAGGACAGAGGUAGAUCUGAAUGUGGGCACUGCUGUCUACGUCAACGACACCUUUAAACCUCAUCCGGAAUUUCUAGAGAACGUGAGGCGUUUCUAUCUUUCCGAUGGCUUCUCUGUCGAUUUCACCAAGAGCAAAGAGACCUCUAAUCAGAUGAACAAAUAUGUCAGUGAAAAGACGCACGGCAAAAUUACAAAGUUUAUCAAAGAUCUGGAUUCACGUACCCUCAUGUAUCUGCUCAGCUUUAUAUAUUUUAAGGGGAAAUGGUCCAUCCCGUUUGACCCGAAAGAUACUGUAGAGAUGAAAUUCUAUGUGGAUUCAGAAACGACUGUUCCAGUUCAAAUGAUGCAAAAGACGAAUUAUUUCUACACGUACUUUGAUCCAGAACUCUCUACCACUGUCCUUCGUCUGGAUUACAAUGACUCGUUCUCCAUGAUCGUGGCUCUAUCUGAUGAUCUCUCUGUUCUGCAAGAGGCUUUGCGUCCACACCACAUAGCUGCCUGGAACAGACUACUGCGUAAAAGGAAAUACAUUAUCCGCCUCCCUAAACUGUCCCUAGAAACGUCAUAUUCCCUGAUCAACAUUCUGACUGGAAUUGGAAUGAAGGACAUGUUUACAGAUAAAGCUAACUUCAUUGGGAUUACUGACGAAGAAAUAUCCGUUUCUGAGGUUGUACAUAAAGCCACAUUAGAUGUGGACGAAGUCGGCACCACUGCAACAGCUUUGACUAUAAUACGCUUUACAGCACGUACUGGACCCAGAAUUCUGAACUUUAAUAAGCCAUUUAUGAUCUUUAUCAUUGACCAGAAAACAAAGAACAUCCUGUUUAUGGGGAAAAUUGUCAAUCCAAAAAAAUCUGAGAUAACUGAAUAAUAAUCCAAAUGGUUUUCAAACUAUAAAAUGAGACAUGGAAGCAUUUUUCUUUCUGUAGCUUUUGUAGAUUUUUACAGUGCUUGUUAUUCCACAUAUGUCUUCAUGCUUGUUCUCCAAACACUUUUUGAGCAUUGAUUUAGCCUGAGUUCAGUUCAAACUGCCUUUAGGAGAGCUUUCAGCAAGAGUGAAGCCAUCUAUUUUUGUUCUUGAUAAAAGAUAUAAUAUUUCACAUGUAUUUUAGUUUCAAUUUUGAGCAUUUCCCAUUGAAAUGUCAGCUAGAAAUCCACCUGCCACUGGUGAUGUCACUGUGCACUUCACAGCCAUCCAUGUUGUGUGUGGUGAUAAAGUAGAAGUAUACAUGGAUCAAAAGCAGGACAUGCUAUUCUUUAAUAAAUAAAAAUCGUUCAUCGCUGCCUCA